AUGUCGUGGCUGUCCCCCGCGUCCUGGGCAAAAUGGACGUGGACCGCGGUGACAGGAGAGGAGGCGACAGGGGGAGCAGAGGAGGCGUCAGGAGGAGCAGAGGAAGAAGCAGGAGGAGCAGAAGAGGAGAUUGGAGGAGCAGAGAAACAGCGUUGUGAGGACGACUCGGACUCCGAUGGACCGUACGACACUCCAGAGGCGUCCAGCCCGGUGCACGUCGCUCCUGCAGGGGGCGACAUCACAGAGGUUACAGAUGUAGAGGAGCGGCUGGUCAUCUCUGCUCCAUCCCAGGACCAGAGCCUUGUUUUUAGCCUGGAUAAGUCCCCGGAGCUGCCUGAAGGUCUUCCGAUGAACCUAACCCUGCCUGAAGGUCCUCCGAUGGUCCCAAACCUGCCUGACGAUCCACCAACUGACAGUCCACCGAUGGAUCUAACCCACCAUGAAGGUCCUACGAUGGACCUGAUACUGCCUGAAGGUCCACCGAUGAUCCCACACCAGUCUGAAGGUCCACCAAUGGAACUAAACCUGCCUGAAGAUCAACACAGUCUGGAAAUGAAAGUGGAAGAACUCUGUGAAGCAACCAACGUGGAACUACAUUCCAAAGCACAAGAUUCCAUUGUUAAAAGCCUACAGAGUACACAAGAUUUGACUCAAUCUGCUAAUGCUUUAUCUGCCGCAGUUUUUGACCAGACAAUCCCAAUCACAACCACAACUCCUCCAAACCUCAAGCUUGCUCCACUCAUAGUGCAAAUUCUGCCUGAAGAAUGUCCAGACGACGACAACCAAUCAGAAAUCCCAGUUCCCAAAGCGUCCUACAAAUUUGACCCGGAGAAUUUGGAUGAAAGCUUUGACCCCUUUUUGAGCGGAGGGUCGAAGAUUCCAAACUCUCCUCCAUGUCGUGUGGACUUAGAUCAGACCUUAGUCACAUCUGCAAAGAAGAAGAGAGACAGUGCCACAAAUACAAUCAGCAAAGUGGAACAUGUUGAGGAACUAGUUGGAGAAGAAGCAACUGAAGAAGCCGCAGACGCAUCAGAGAUUCAUAAUAGUCCAUUUUGCAAAAGUGGAUCUAACAAAUGUGGGAUGUUCGAGGCGAGAGUGGAGUCUUCUGUGGGCGGAGGGUCUGAAAGACCAGACGCAAAAUCCGCACAGCAAAAGCACGGGGCCAAAAACACAAUGAGAAAUGUCACAAAGGCUGAUCCGGAUGGAAACGUGUAUCUGGAGGACGUCCCAAACCCUAAAACUGAGGCUUAUAUGUUUGACCCUGAGAGACUUGAUGAAAGUUUGAACCCGUUUGAAAUGGGAGGAUCUAAAGUUCCCAAUUCCCCAACUGCCUUUUGUGCGAGCUCAGCAAACCCCAAACUGGAGGAAAACCAGGACAUUCAUCUUACAAACAAUACAACAAUGGGGUUUCAGCUGAAGGACAAAAAAAUGGCAGAACUUCAAAGCCAAAAGUGUGAAGUCCUAACAGAAACUUUAGACCAAAACGUAAUGGAAAUUCUUCAAAACUUUGACGACAUUCCAAUUACCAAAAGUGGAUCUUACAAAUUUGACCCGGAGAAUUUUGAUGAGAGCUUCAACCCGUUUGAGAGCGGAGGUUCAAAGGUCCCCAACUCUCCUCUGUGUGAAAGACAGACCAAUGUUAACCUUGGAAAGGAUUUGAAACAAGAGCCGUUUGAAUUUGAUGAAACAAGCCAGACUAAAUCUCCACCGUCAAAACUUACUCCUACAAAAACAAAGAGUGUGAAGCCAAAACAGCACAUUCCAGAAAUGACGUCAGAUUUGGAAGCCUCGUCUUCCAUGCCUUUGAAUUUUGAUGAUAUUCCCAUCCCCAAAACCGGAGCGUACAAUUUUGACCCUGAAAAUGUUGACGAAAGUUCAGAUCCGUUUUCUUGCGGAGGCUCCAAGAUUCCAAACUCUCCUCCUCCAUCCGAAACUGUUUCUUCUGAAGCAAAAGCUGUCAUGUUGGAAUUAGGACUGAAUGAAAAACCAGUCGCCAAACCUCCACUGAAAAAGUGUGGCCCAAGAAAAACUGCAAGUAAAGUUAAGAUAGAGAAAGAACUUGCGGAGAUCCCUCAAGAGACGCCAACUUCACCAACAAACAUUGACGAUGUUCCCAUCCCCAAGAAAGGAUCGUACAAUUUCGACCCCAAGAAUUUUGAUGAAACUUCAGAUCCGUUUCCUAGUGGCGGUUCUAAGAUUCCAAACUCUCCUCCUCUAUCCGGAACUGUUUCUUCUGAAGCAAAAGCAGUCAUGUUGGAAAUCGAACUGGACAAAAAAACAGUUGCAAAACCUCCACUGAAAAAGUUAGGCCCAAGAAAAACUGCAAGUAAAGUUAAAAAAGAGAAGGUAGAACCUGUGGAGAUCCCUCAAGAGACGCCAACUUCACCAACAAACAUUGACGAUGUUCCCAUCCCCAAGAAAGGAUCGUACAAUUUCGACCCCAAGAAUUUUGACGAAACUUCAGAUCCGUUUUCUAGCGGCAGUUCUAAGAUUCCAAACUCUCCUCUCCCAUCUGGAACGGUUUCUUCUGAAGGAAAAGCAGUCAUGUUAGAAAUGGGACUGGACGAAAAACCAGUCGCCAAACCGCCACUGAAAAAGUUAGGCCCAAGGAAAAUUGCGAGCAAAGUUAAAAAAGACAAAGUAGAACCUGUCGAGAUCUUUCAAGAGACGCCAACUUCACCAACAAACAUGGACGAUGUUCCCAUCCCCAAGAAAGGGUCCUACAAUUUCGACCCUGAGAAUUUUGACGACUGUUCAGAUCCAUUCCAAAGCGGAGGUUCUAAAAUCCCCAACUCACCGAAGGAUCCAAUGGGUUUAGUCUUUGAGUUUGAAGAGAGUUUGGAGAAGGAACCAAAACCACCACAGAAACUGGAAGCAAGAAAAACAUCUUCAAAAGGAAAACGGCUCAAAGGAGAGGAAGAGAGACCUGAGGCCGUGGCGAGAGAUCCCUCAGAGCACAGGCGCUACACUCCCACAUCCACAGAGGAGACUCUGCAGGAGACACUGACAGCAGAUGUCACCAAACAUCAAACGGAUGAGGAGAAACUAGCCUCCAGCUGUGAGAGGAGGAGCCCUGAGGGAGGAGAAAGUCCUGAGGAGAAAAGCAAAGCUGGUGAGGAGGACACCUCCUCAAUUCAUCAGGAAGAGAAGAUUUCCUGUCGGACUCAUAAGGAGAAGGAGCCGAAGCACUCAGAGGAGAACCUGGAGAAGUACCUGAAGACCACAGGGACCACAGAGACCACAGAGACCACAGGAACAAAAGGAACCAAAGAGACCACAGAGAUCACAGGGACCACAGAACACAGAUCCAGUCCUGGUUCAGACCCUGAGACUCAAAGUGAAAUGGAAAAAGCAACAGUGCUGACACUCAUCAGAGAAGAGAUCUUAUGUAAAGAGCUGGAGGUGCAGGAGUGGAAGAGGAGGUACGAGGAGAGCAGAGAGGAAGCCAACGACAUGAGGAAAAUUGUAGCUGAGUACGAGCAAACGGUGGCUCAGAUGAUCGAUUCAGAACAGAGUGUUUUCCCCGCCCCCUUCUCUGUGGCUCAGCUGACCCUCCAGAGGGACCAGGCGCUCGCUGACCUCUCCUCCGUUGAACGCUCCUUCUCUGAACUCUUCAGGAGAUACGAGAACAUGAAGCAAGUCCUGGAGGGUUUCAAGAAGAAUGAGGAGGUGCUGAAGAGCUGUGCUCAGGAGUAUCUCCAGAGGAUCCGACAAGAAGAGCUGAGAUACCAGACUCUGAAGAUACAUGCAGAGGAGAAGCUACACAAGGCGAACGAGGAGAUCGCAUUGGUUCGUUCCAAAGCCGCGGCAGAGUCUGUGGCUCUGAGCGCAAGCGUCCGGAUGGAGCAAAUGAAGGCGGCGUCUCUGGAGCGAGCGCUGGAGCAGAAGAACCAGGAGAUCGAGGAGCUGACAAAGAUCUGUGACGAGCUCAUCGCCAAGAUGGGACCAGCCUAA